UCACUCUCGUCGAGUGCCCCAGUACGCCCCCCUGCAUGCACAUCCUCUCCCACAAUGUUCUGAAAUAAAUCAUUCAAUCCAGGUGGUACAGGCCAGCUGAUCUCCCAUCUACCAGAUCCCCGACCUCCGAGGUAACACGCUCGGUAUUUCAAGAAACGGCAGGUGAGCGUCCACCCCAAAUCACACGCUUUCAGCAUGAGUUCGUGACUUAUGUACUGGAAUGUGUGAUGCGGGUUCAGACGAUGGCGUACAUCAUGCCGCUGCAGCAGGGGUGGCCCACAAAUGAACUCGAAUUACAAGGUGCGUGUCCGAUGCGUUCCCCCUCCUUCGAAUUUCGUUGGCAUGACUAACGCAGAAGCCGGUGUGCGCAGUCAAUAUAACGAUAUCCGCGGACUCGUUGAUUCCGUCAACGACGGUUCGACGAACGCGUUUAUGUGGGAAUGGUUAUGGCGUUGGGACUUGGCCGGUGAAGCGAUACCCCCCUGGAUCUGCAUUCUGCAAAAUGCUUCGUCAUGAACCGCCAGCUGCAGUGCGCACGUUCCUUGACAGACUCUCGCACCACGUCCAUGUGUUUUUAUGAUGGAGACCUUUGGGUAUCCCGAAACGGAUGUUACGGCAAUGUCUCCGAAUCCUGUACAUCUUCGACUGAGGAAUCACUGAACGUGCGUUUAUUUGUACGGCGCAGGAGUGGCUCGAAGCUGUAGAAGUACCCAGAGGAUUACGCCAAGAUGCCGAAAGUUAUUACGGACAGG